CUUGUUUUCUGCAAAGAUGUCUUUGAAUCAAAUGCAAAUGAAGCAGGAAAUCCUGCUCCCACCUGGCCUGAGCAAGACAAUUCCAAAGCACAGCCAAGACCCUGUGCCAUGCACUGAUCCAGUCCCACAUCCCCAGCAAGAACCUGAAGUCCAAGUCCCAACACCUUGCCCAGAGCCAGUUCCAGUAGAAGUGAUACCAGAAAAAGCAGUGCCAUUGCCAGCACCAGUGGUGGAACCAGGCAAGGGAGAAACACCAGUGAUAGUAGUACCCAAGAGUCCACUCCAGGAACAACAGCAGCAACAGCAGUGCAAGCUACCACCAGCUUUCCCACCUGUAUCACACCCUGAGCCUGUCCCACAUCCUGAAGAGAAAUCAGAGUGCAAAGAGCUACCUGUGCCAGCUCCUGUUUCUGGCUGUAAACCAACUCCACAUGUUCCGGAGAAGCAGGAGUGCAAGGAGAUCCCUGUGCCAGUUCCUGUUUCACACCCUGAACCUGCACCAUGUCCCCAGGAGAAGCAGGAAUGCAAGGAGAUCCCAGUGUCAAUCCCUGCUCCAUGCCCUGAACCUGCACCGCACCCCCAGGAGAAGCAGGAGUGCAAGGAGAUCCCUGUGCCCAUCCCACACCCUCCAGAGAAGCAGGAGCACAGGGACACCCCUGUGCCAAUCCCUGCUCCCUGCCCCGAACCCACACCGUGUGCUCAAGUAAAGCAACAGCACAAGGAGAUCCCCGUGCCAAUCCCUGUUCCACACCCUGAACCUGCACCGUGUCCUCAGGAGAAGCAAGAAUGCAAGGAGAUCCCAGUGCCAAUCCCUGCUCCAUGCCCUGAACCUGCGCCACAUCCCCAAGACAAGAAGGAGUGCAAGGAGAUCCCUGUGGCCACCCCACACCCUCCAGAGAAGCAGGAGCACAGGGACACCCCUGUACCAAUCCCUGCUCCCUGCCCUGAUUCAGGGAAGUCCUCCCAUCCAGAGAAGUAUCCUCCCAUUGAGCAGCAGCAGGUGAAGCAGCCCAACCAGUGGCCACCCAUGCAGAAGUAAUUUGCAGCUGACAAGGGAAGCCCUGAAGAGAGGAGAUUGCAAACCCAAUCUUCCUCUCCCCAUGUCUCACAACCAGAGGUCAUUUUCCAACACCCUUUUAUUCACUGCAGAAUUUCUAUUAAGAAACACAGCUUCCAACUCCCCCCUCCCAGCUAACACUAGUGUUAUCCCGUACUAACAGCCAUAAGCUAACUGACAUGCUGAGACUGGCAAUAGAUAAGGCUUCAAGUGGUGUCGUAGGCAUGUGCAUUCAGCUUUUCAGGUGCCUGAAUUUCUGCCCUUUCCCAGUCAUCCCUCUGGCUUUCAAAGG